ACAACUCCAGAAAAAAAGAAAUCAUGGAGUUCGCAUCUGUCAGUGUUCGUCGUUCGACGUCGAUCGUGAUGUUCGUGCUGAUGAUGAGUGCUUCUCUGGAGGCGAUGGCGGAAGCGGGCACAACGAGCUCGGCGAGUCUGGCAAAAGUGAAGCGAGAGCGCGUGACGUGCAACAGCCGCCGGAGCAGGUGCUUCAUGAGGUACGUGACAUGUCCGGUCGAGUGCCCUCAGGUGAAGCCGAAAGACCCCAAGGCCAAAGCUUGCUAUCUCGAUUGCUACACGCCCAAAUGCGAAGCCGUCUGCCGAAAGCGCAAGCCGAACUGCAGCGGGAUGGGGGCCGCAUGCUACGACCCCCGCUUCGUCGGCGGGGACAACAUCGUUUUCUAUUUCCACGGCCGGAGCGAGGAGCACUACGCGCUGGUGUCCGACACCGACCUCCAAGUCAAUGCCCGGUUCAUCGGCCUCCGACCCGUCGGGAGAUCCCGGGACUUCACGUGGAUCCAAGCCCUGGGCCUCCUCUUUGGCCCCCACACGUUCACUCUCGAAGCCGCUAGGGCUGAGACAUGGAGCGACGACAUCGACCGCCUGCGGUUUUCAUAUGACGGGACGUCCGUAACCUUACCGGAGUCCCUGGACUCCGAAUGGAGCUCGCCGGGCGACGAGAUCAAACUCGAGAGGACCGCAAGCAAGAACAGCGUCACGUUGAUCGUGCAAGAAGCCCUAGAGCUCUACGUUAGUGUGGUUCCGAUCACCGAGGAAGACGACAGGAUCCACAGCUACGGAAUACCGAGGAACGAUAGCUUCGCCCAUCUGGAAGUGCAGUUCAGGUUCUUCGGCCUCUCGCCGAGGGUCGACGGCGUCCUGGGGAGGACUUACCGGGCGGACUUCGAGAACCCGGCAAAGCCUGGGGUCGAGAUGGCGGUCGUCGGCGGGGAGGACAGGUACAGGACGAGCUCUCUCCUCUCGUCGGACUGCGCCGCCUGCGUGUUCGCUCCCGGGGACGACAAGGAGGUCUCGUUCCUGAGGCAAUACGCGAUGCUGAGCUGCACCAGCGGAGUGGCAGAUGGCAUUGGAAUGGUAUGCAGGAAAUGACAUAAUCCAUCGCCACGUGUCUAAAAAUACAGAAUUUCUAUAUAUAUUGUCGAGAUAGUACGAGAAAGUACGAUGAUUUCUCACAUGCAAUAACGAGGUUGGAGUUUGAACUACAAAUCCACCCUUUGAUAUCUUUGUAAUGAUGUUGUGUUCUUCUAUGAAAUUGUGAUAUUUUAUAUGUA